AUGAUUUCAUCCCCCACUAACAUAUGGGCACUACUGCUUAAACCCCCAAAGUUGGAGCUCUCGGCAAAACAGAAUGGCCUCCACAAUCACCAAAGGCCUCCCAAAAUUCACCACUGAAACUCUGAAGCUUGCUGCAAAACAAUCUCAGCGCUGCCACAUCGUCCCUGUCCGCCUUCGCCGUGCCAUAAAAAAGUACAUCCAAGACCAAGAUGUUGAGCACAUGAGGAGAAAGGUGUUGAGUUUGUCGAAAUCAUUCAACGAAAUCAAAGAAGUGAAUUUACUUUUGCCGACCACGAGUUCAAAGGGGCUAGUAGAAGAUCCACUCAAAUCUAUGGAACAGUCUCAGAGGUGGAAAGUAAAAACUGCUUAUGGUGAUAUUGGCCUGAGGUAUCAGGAGGAUCAGACCAUUGCUUACUUGGCUGCACGAAUGCCUGCUGUUUACUCUGCUCUCUAUCGAGUCCUUAGCGAGGUAAGAAGAAGAGUGCCAGAAUUUAUGCCAGCUAAAGUAUUGGAUUUUGGUGCAGGAACAGGAUCGGCAAUGUGGGCAAUGAUGGAGGUGUGGCCUCGGUCUUUAGAGACAAUUAAUUUGGUGGAGCCAUCACAGUCAAUGCAAAGAGCUGGACAAAGCCUUCUUAAAGGUUUAAAGAACCUGCCACUCAUUCAAAGUUAUGGUAGCAUACAAGCGUUAUCUAAGAACACAAAUAAGUCUGGCAGACAACAUGAUCUGGUCAUUGCUUCAUAUGUGCUCGGCGAGAUUCCAUCAUUAAAAGACAGAAUCACUCUUGUGCGCCAACUUUGGGAACUUACAGGAGAUAUUUUGGUAAGUUUGAAAUCGAUUUUAUCAUAUGCUAGUCUUAUUAUGCAUUUAGUAUUCUUCCAAAAUGCUGAACAUACUUUCAUCUUUGUAUGGCAUACCUUCAAGAUAGUGAGAUAUAUGGAUUUGUUUCAAUUGACUGAACAGCACAGCACAGGACUGAAUCCUAUCAAUUUGGUAUCAGAGCACUACAACACCAAUCACCACCAUGACACUAGCCGAAAGAGUUGGAGAAUUGGAGCAGAAGAGAGGUUCGAAAUGCUGAUGCGUAAUUGGGAUAUCCACGAGAAGGAGCGAAAGGAGAAGGGUCCGGCAACGGAGAAAUCUCCGAUGAUGACUGAGUUAAGACUUGGCAGCAACCGAAGCAAUGAGGGAGGAUCGAGCGGUGACUGGCGCGGGGAGUCUCGAGUUCGGCGACUGGAGAUGCUCGUUUUCGAAGGGGGCGAUCCGGACGAUUGGGUGUUCCGAGUAGAAAGGUAUUUUGGGGUUAAUAGGCUCACAAAAGAGGAGAAGGUGGAGGCGGCCGCCCUUUGUUUUGACGGCGAGGCGUUGGCAUGGUACCAAUGGGAGGAGAAGCACAUGCUCUUAAUGUUGAAUUUUAUGUCAGAGAACCAAUUCACGACGGAAGUUGUUGCCGAGGAUGAUCAAUAUGAGGACCAGUCAGCAUCGUCAUGUGAUUCAGAUGUGUCUGAAAGAGAUUCUGUUACUGAAAAUGAUGAUUCAGAAGAAGACGACGACGAAGUAGAAAAGCCUCGAGCUGAUCUUGGCAGUGGCUGGGGUCGAAUAAUUUAUAUGCCUCUUAGGAGGGGCAAGCGGGUUGAAUUUGACGUGUGUCGAUCAACGAAUGACGAGGGCACCAAGGGUUCGUUCGAUCGUGUCGUCGUCACGCAGAGUAAGAAUCCAACAUUGCAUCAGCAAGCUCGACGGUCAAUUUGGGGAGACUUGUGGCCACUUCGAAGUGGAGCCACUCCUAAGUUUUUUAUGUAAAUCGUUAUCGAUAUCACAGUUGUACCGGUAACUUUUACUGAAGUAUCACGUGAGUAAGCAACAGGCUCACAUGCACACCCGCACCAAAAGGAAUGUGAAAAAGAUGCCAGUGUGAAAUUUUACUAAUUUCCUAAUAUCUGGGGCAAAUCAAAGGAAUGGGUAGUGAGUAUGUGCAGGCGAUCACAUGCUGCUAUGUCUUGAUAUUGGUAAGAAAUAAUUAUGAUUAUUCAACUUGUAUUUAUUAUAUUUUUAAUGAAUGACACUAAAAAGAAUUGCAAAUCGGGUCUA